AUGGACUGCUGGUUUCGAACUUGCCAAGCCUCCACUUCUGCCUGUAAGGAUGUGGUCGACAGCAGUACCUUCUAUGAAAGGCCAAUGUAUUUGCCCCUGAAGGAUCAACACCUGCUAACAGUCUCCGCACCGGCAAUGGUGGAGUUGGAAAUUGAAGCAACUUGUUGCUCCCAGACCGAAUGGGAAACUGCACCAGCCUUCGAAGAAUACCGUCAGCGACUUCGGUUUGAUCGAUGGCUCAUGGUGCCCCCACUCUUCUCGCCCGUGAAGAAAGUGAACUUCUUGGUCACGGAGGGUGAAGAGGGUCAGGAAGUGUUGCAGCUGGAAAUCUGGACCACGAAAUCUGCGGAGCCCUCCUCAGUGCUGCGGCUGGCUGCAGCCUCGCUGCUGGCGGGCUUGGAAGCGCGCAGCGAGAGACCGCAGUUGAAACCACACGAGUUGCUGCUAGGACCCCGGGACGACAUCCAGAGCCCAAAUGCCUAG